AUGCUGCUUCCCUCGCUCCCCUUCCCCAGCCGAGCGCUAAGAGUUCUAAGCACAACAAGGGGCUUUUCUUUGGGACGUGGCCGUCCUUGCCGCCCAGAUUUUAGAAACAGUACUCGGGUCAUUCCGGGAGGCUCGGCUUCUGCCCAGCCGCCGCCGCCGCUGCGGGGUUUGAUUCUCUCCGCCUUUGCGACCCCGUUCCUGCUCCGCGCCCGGCCCGGGCUGCGCAGAAUCCGUCCGCCUGGCCGGGGCAGCCACCGGGAAGCGGUCCCCGCCCUCGGCCGGAACGGAGGCGCGUCAGGGCCGCGCGCGCGGGGGGCUCUGGGAUCGUCCCUCGGCAUCGGUGUCCCGGCCUUUGGCGGGGGGGGGGGGUCUGUGCAGGCCCGUCGCCUACGUCGGGAAGGGCGGCCUCCCGCUGGCUAUCUGCUGCUUGCCCGGCUCGCCCCCGCCGGUCCCCCGCCCGGAGACGAGCGGACACUGCCACCUAGUGAGCGGCCUCUGCCAGAAGCCAGGAGCCGCCGGGCUGCGCGGGGCCGGCAGAGGGAGCCCCGCGGGCCGGAGCCGGCGCGGGCCGGAGCCGGCGCGCGGCCGCCGUGGCGCCCCGGGCUGCCCGCGGGGCUCCGUCCUGCGCUGGGGAGGAAGCGCCGCCAGAGCGGCGUUACAGCCGAGAGCCCCAGUCCGCCCAGGCCGCAGGCGGGGCCCGCUCCGCCGCUUAGUGACCUCGGGCAGCCUUCUCCGUCCGACUGGCGCCCAGUCCUCGAACUACCUACCUCCCAGCGUUGUUGUGAGGCCCCGCUCUGUCAGCUGCCCGGGAGCCUGGGGUCGGCCUGCCAGCGCCCGAGGCGCUUCCCCGCCCGGGCGGGAGAUUCGCACCCAGGCCCCCCGGGGAGGCCCGCGCCGAGCUCCGGAGACUCGGACGCGGUCACUUGGCCGUUCUGUUCCUUCCCUUCCUCCCCUCCCCUCUGGAAUAGGCAAAGGGGUUGGCUUAUGUUGUAA